AUGAAUGGGAGGAACAUCCAUGAAAACACAGCUUUGGCAUCUGAGUUGAUCAAUGAGAUUAGCACGGAAAGAAAAUAUGGAAAUGUUGGUCUCAAACUCGAUAUUGCACAAGCUUUUGAUACGGUGAGUUUGGAAUUUAUCAUUGAAGUUUUUAAGCAUUAUGGUUUCUCUGAAAAUUGGUGUUCUUGGAUCCUUAGUAUUCUCAAUUCAGCUCGGAUUUCUGUGUUGAUUAAUGGUAGCCCAGAAGGUUUCUUUAGCAUCUCUAGAGAUGUUUUAAGUCGCAAUCUCUCUAAAUUGUUUGCAAGGCGAAGUAUGCACUCUAUUUUUAGCAAGAAAGGUGUGGCUCCUACUCACCUUUUAUUUGUGGAUGAUAUUCUUAUCUUCUGCAGAGGUAAUCUCCAGAGUUUGCAAAAUCUGAAGAAUAUGCUGGGCAUGUAUCAACGUGCAUCUGGCCAGUACGUAAGUUAUGCAAAGAGCAAGUUUUAUUAUGGUGGCGGCACUGGUUCCCGUGCUAUUGCAAUUACUAAUUACAUGGGUAUGGAAAGAGCUACUUUUCCAGAUAAGUAUUUGGGAAUCCAAUUGAAGCCUGGAAUUGUGCGUCACAUUCAUGUUCGCAAAGUGGUGGAGAAAAUUAUGGACAAGUUAGCUGGUUGGAAGGGUAAGCUUCUUUCCUUUCAAGCAAGGCUUGUUUUGAUUAGAUCAAUUAUUUCUAACUAUGUGCUUCAUUCCAUGGCCAUUUAUAAGUGGCCGUGUACGGUUAUUAAGCAAGUUGAGAGGGCCAUUAGGAAUUUUUUAUGGUCAGGUGAUGCUGAAAAACCUGUGGAUCUCUAUUCGGGAUUCAAACAAGAUUUGGGCAAGAUUCUUGCGGGCAAAAUACUUCAAAUUGAAUGGCAUUUUGAUUGA